AUGGAAUUAAAUAUUCGUCCAAGCAAACAACAACUUAUCCUGGACGUACCAAAACCUUUUGAAUUACCAGAUGGUACCCCAUCUUUCAAAGACUAUUCAGGAUGUCGUGAAAAUAGAUAUAUAAAUCCAGACAAAGCGAGUAAAAAUAGGAUAUAUCCGCCAUCACAUACUCUGCAUUAUUGGAAUUGUCCUCCGAAUUAUACCCCAGAGGAACUGCGCAAGUUGAUUGUUGAAUGUGGCGCUUCACCACCUCGCCAAAUUGCACCUUUCCCAAGGAUUAGUGAUAGAUCCUCUUCAGGUCUUGUAGAAUGGGGAACAAAAGAUGAAGCCGUUACUGCCCUUGCUUUGUGCAACCACCAAGCUAUUCCAAACACCGAAGGUCGUUAUCCAUUUCUUCUUAAACUGUCAUUUUCAAGCUCUCCUGUCAAUGAUCGAGCAUUUUCAGGUUCGAAGAAGAUUGGCUCAUCAAAUAUUGGAAAGUCAGCAGCAUCCGUAGACUCUAGCGAGUAUGAAUAG